AUGAAUAUAAAUCCACAAGAUCCUCCACAUCCACCAAAUCCACCUGUGGACGGAGAUAGGGCAGGUGAAGGAGCAGCAAACCGAGCAGGAGAAGUUCCUAAUCCGAUCCUUCUAACAGAUAACCGAGAUGUAGCCGUGCGGAACUAUGUCACUCAUGCAUUCCACAACUUAAAUUCAGAUGUUGUAGAUGAUGGGCCAGUUCGGAGGGCUGAUAACGAAGAUCCUUACUCCCAUCUCAAAUCUUUUAUUGAAAUAGCUAAUGCAUUUCAACUUUCUGGUGUCUCUGAGGAUGCACUAAGAUUAAAAAUGAACGCAGACCUUCGAGAAGACAUUGUGUCUUUUCGACAAAAGGAGAAUGAAGCAGUUCAAGAACCUUGGGAGCGUUUUAAGGAGUUGCUUAGAAGAUGCCUGAGCCAUGGAUUGCCAACAUGUGUGCAGAUUGAACAGUUCUAUAGAGGAUUGGAUCGUCCAUCGAGGAUGAUGUUGAACACCGCAGCCAAUGACUCAUUGUUCGAAAAGUCGAUCAGUGAGAUCAUUGACAUUUUGAACAAGAUGACAGACAGUAAUGACCAAGGCGAAAUAGGAAGGUCAUUACCAAAGAAGCAAGUAUCAGCCAGAGUCUUUGAGUUAGACACAGUAGCUUCAAUGCAAGCCCAAAUGGCGACUAUUAAUCAGAUGUUAAAGCAGCUGACAAUGGAGAAGGAGACCAAAACCGCCACUUCGGCGAUGCUUGAACCCUCUCUGUGUUUACAAAUUUCAGAUAUAUCUUGUGUUUAUUGUGGUGAUAACCAAUUGUAUGAGAACUGUCCAGCUAAUCCAACGUCUGUUUUCUAUGUAGGUCAACGUGCCCAACGGAAUUUCAAUCCGUAUUCGAACACUUACGACCCUAGAUGGAGGAACCAUCCAAACUUUUCUUGGAGUAACCAAGGAGUAGCUAGUAGCAGUGCGCAAACACCUGCUCAACAAUACAAGCAAAAUUACACUCCUCCUGAUUUUCCAACUCAACCGGCAUCACAGCCUCAACAAUACAAUCAGCAAAGAGCUCAAAAUACUACUCAGCAAGGUGGUAGCAACGGAAGUUUGGAGGCCAUGAGGAAAGAAUUCAUGACAAGAAGUGAAGCUACAACAAAAGAGUUCAUGACAAGAACUGAUACUGGGAUAAGAAAGUUGGAGAUGCAAGUGGGGCAGAUAGCGAAUGACAAAAAAUCUAGACCCCAAGGUACAUUGCCUGGAAACACGGAAAAUCCUAAAUGA